AUGUCCGAAGUUCAAAGCCGUUCUGCACGAGGCAGAGUAUCCGCUCGCGGUGGUCGCGGCGGUUUCAGCUCCAGAGGUGGCCGUGGUGGAAACAGCAGAUCCGCAGCCGAUAACUCAGACCUCUCAUCUUUUGAAGAGGGCGAAAUUGGAGAAAUGAAGAAAAAAUACUCGGACACCUUGCCCACCCUUAAGGAAUUGUUCCCCGACUGGAAGGACGAAGAUCUCGUUUUUGCUCUCGAGGACUCAAACGGUGAACUCGAGGAAGCCAUUGAGCGCAUUACUGAAGGCAAUGUAUCGCAGUGGGGAGAGGUCAAGAAGAAGACGGCUGCAGACCGGACUAAGCCUAAGGCGAAGGAAGUUCAGAGCACCCCGACCGAGUCGAUUGCGGCUUCCGCUCGAGGAGCUCGCGGUCGUGGUGGAUUCGAAGGCCGUGGACGUGCCCGCGGAGACCGGGGUCGUGGUGGUCGCGGCGGCCGGGCUACAACUCAUACGAACGGAACCCGUGCGGCAGCUGGUACUACAGAGACCCCGGUGGCUGCUGCAGUGCCCGAGCCUGUUACAACUCAAGCGCCAGAGGAGGUUGAAAGUGUGCCCACAGCUGGAGCGGAGUCGGAGUCAGCCGAGCCCAAGGCCAGUGUGAUCCCCGAGGGCACAAAGAAGGGAUGGGCGAGUCUCUUCGCCAAACCCCCGCCGCCUCCUCCUCAAAAGAAGCCUCCUCAGGCCGCUCCUGCGCUUGUAUCCCAGAAGCCUGCCGAGCCUACGACUGAGCAGAAGGCCCCCGAAGCCGUCCCCGCCCCCGCCGCCCCUCAGAAGACUCCCGUUGCGAAACCCACCGAACCUGUUGCCCCCGUUAUUCCUCAAGCCACUGCUAAGCCCCCGGCCGCCGACGACCUGACCGAGAUCAACCUCGAGCAAAUUCCCGAUGUUUCCGCUCCUGCUCCUACGGCCACCGCUGCCAGCACCGUUGGCAGUGCUUUCGACCCCGCCGCGGCUGCCAAUGCUACUCCUUCGCGCGUGGCCUCGUCUGGUCUCCCCGGCAGUGCUCUGAAGCAGGGCACCCGUGCUCCUGGCUUCCAGCGCCGUGUUAUGGAGCAGCAGCAAGCCGUCGUUAUGCCUGGAAACCAUGCCGUUGACCGUGCCGCCGUGCAGUUUGGCAGCAUGGGAUUGAACGGUGAUGCUGUGGACAUUGAUGAGAACCGUGAGCAGGCCGAGACCCGUGCCCAACCUCCUCAGCACUCUCCUGUCGCCCCUCGUGCUUCACUUCCUCCCUCCCACCAGGGUGUUUCCGAGACCGGUGCUGCUCGUCCCGCCCCCGGUUUGCCCCCGGUCCCCCAGGCUUCCGCUGCCGAGUCCUUCACCGACUUUGCCCGCUACGGCGAGCCCCAGAAGCCCUUCGAUCCCUUCACCCAGCAAGUUAGCCAGCCUCAGCAGCAGAUCCAGGAGCCCUUCGCCAACCAGACUCCGGCUCAGCCCACUGCCACCACUAGCGGCGACUUCUCUCCCUUCUACGCAGCCGACCAGCAGCGUUUCCCCUACUACAACUACGGCAACUACGGCCAGAGCCAGGAUGCUGGUGCUGGGCCCCGCGCUGCCGGUAGCUUCGGUGUGUCUGCCGCUGAGGCUCAACCCCAGGUCCCCACUACUCAGCCUCCCAGCCGCUACGGCCCUGUCGAUGCCAACAACAGCGGCCAGAACACCCCCAACCCGACUCUGCCUGGUGCCACCGCAACUCCGGCCGCUCAGCACAUGCCUGGCCAGAGCCAGCACGCCUACGGCUACGGUGGCUAUCCCUAUUACUCCAACCCCCAGUAUGCUUCGUACAUGCAGCAGAUGAACCAGCAUAACUACGGCCGGAACCGUGGAAUGUAUGAUGACGCUCGCCGCUACGACCAGGAGCAGCAGCAGCAGCAGCAGCAGCAGCAGCAGCAGCAGCACUACGGCAUGCCCCAUGCCUCUCAGUACGGUUACGGUGGCCAGCAGUACGGCCCCUACGGCGGCAAGGGUGGUAUGUACGGUCAACCCCAAGGCUUCUAUGAUCACUCUGCCCCCGCCAACGCCGGCAGCUUCAACCAAGGCGCCAUGCCUGGUCGUGACUCCGUCUACGGCCGUACCGGCUCCGCCCAGCCCUCUGAAAGCCAGCAGUCCGCCACUGGCACCGCCACUUUCAGCUCUGGUAUGUCCGAUGUCUUUGGUCGCUCCCAGACCGGUUUCGGCCAGAACCCUCCCGCCGCUGGACAGCCCCCCGUGACCGCUGAAGAGACCAAGGGGUUCGAAGCUUCCAAGACUGGUGGCCCUAGCCCCUCUCUCGCCCAGAACCGCCCUGGAUCUGCCUCUAACAGCAUCCCUGGCCAGCCUCAGGCCCAGACCGGUCUGCCUCCGCUGCAGGGUCAGCAGGGCCAGCAGAGCUUCGGUGCUUACCCCCAGCUGAACCCCCAGUACGGUGGCCUUGGCGGUCUUGGUAAUCACCAGGGUGCGGCUUCGCAGACUCACCAGGCCUCCGGCUACGGUGGCUACGGCGCUGGCUUCAGCAACUACUACGGCGGCAACACUCGUGGUGGCUGGGGCAACAACUACACCCACUAA